AGCCGGAGCCGCAGCCGGAGCCGAUCGCGCCCGGCGGAGCCCCGCGGCCGAGGGACGCUGUGGGGAGUUUGCAACAACUCCGCGGCCUCUGCGGGGCCGCCGGUGCGGGGCCGCCGCCGCCUUCCCCGCCUCCUCCUCCUCCCCUUCCUCCUCCUCCUCCUCCCCCUCGGGCUUUUCUCCCCCCCUUCCCCUCCCUCCCCGCUCGCUCUGAUUCCGCUCUCCUCCCCUCCGCGCCCUGCGUGUGUGUUUUUCGCCGCCGCUCUCCGCCGAGCCCCUUGGCAUGAGUUAAGCCCCAGCCAUGGACACCAAACACUUCCUGCCGCUCGAUUUCUCCAACCAAGUCAAUUCCACAUCCCUGAACUCUCCCACAAGCCGGGGGCCCAUGGCCACCCCAUCCCUGCACCCGUCCAUCGGGCCAGGCAUUGGCUCCUCGCUGGGCUCCCCGGGCCAGCUCCACUCACCCAUCAGCACCCUGAGCUCACCCAUCAAUGGCAUGGGACCUCCGUUCUCCGUCAUCAGCUCCCCCAUGGGCCCGCACUCGAUGUCCGUCCCGUCCACCCCCAGCCUGGGAUUCGGCACCAGCAGCCCGCAGCUCAACUCGCCCAUGAACUCCGUCAGCAGCACAGAAGACAUUAAGCCCCCCCUGGGGCUCAACGGAGUCCUCAAAGUGCCAGCACAUCCCUCAGGAACGAUGGCCUCCUUCACCAAGCACAUAUGUGCCAUCUGCGGGGACAGAUCUUCAGGAAAGCAUUACGGGGUUUACAGCUGCGAGGGCUGCAAAGGCUUCUUCAAGCGCACGGUGCGGAAGGACCUGACCUACACGUGCCGCGACAACAAGGACUGCCUGAUCGACAAGCGCCAGCGCAACCGCUGCCAGUACUGCCGCUACCAGAAGUGUCUUGCCAUGGGCAUGAAGCGAGAAGCUGUCCAGGAGGAGCGGCAGCGGGGCAAGGACCGCAAUGAGAACGAGGUGGAGUCGACAAGCAGCGCCAACGAGGACAUGCCCGUGGAGAAGAUCUUGGAGGCUGAGCUGGCAGUGGAGCCAAAGACAGAGACGUACAUCGAAGCUAACAUGGGCUUGACGCCGAGCUCGCCCAAUGACCCGGUGACAAACAUAUGCCAGGCAGCAGACAAACAGCUCUUCACCCUGGUGGAGUGGGCCAAGAGGAUCCCCCACUUCUCGGAGCUGCCCCUGGAUGACCAGGUCAUCUUGCUCAGAGCAGGGUGGAAUGAGCUCCUCAUCGCCUCCUUCUCCCACCGCUCCAUAGCCGUGAAAGACGGGAUCCUGCUUGCCACCGGGCUGCACGUGCACCGGAACAGCGCGCACAGCGCCGGCGUCGGGGCCAUCUUCGAUAGAGUACUGACAGAACUCGUGUCAAAAAUGCGAGACAUGCAGAUGGACAAGACAGAGCUAGGCUGCCUGCGAGCCAUUGUCCUCUUCAACCCCGACUCGAAAGGCCUCUCCAACCCGUCCGAGGUGGAGGCGUUACGGGAGAAGGUGUACGCGUCGCUGGAGGCUUACUGCAAACACAAGUACCCCGACCAGCCUGGGAGGUUCGCCAAGCUCCUGCUGCGUCUCCCAGCCCUCCGGUCCAUCGGCCUCAAAUGCCUGGAGCACCUCUUCUUCUUCAAGCUAAUAGGCGACACGCCGAUCGACACCUUCUUGAUGGAAAUGCUGGAAGCACCUCACCAAAUGACUUAGAGAACUGCUGCCGGGUCAGUCCCUCGCCCGGCCGGGGUCCCAUGGGCCCCUUCCUCUGCUCCCCUUGCCCAGCCCAUCCUCGCCUCCUCCCCCCGGCGCUGGAGGCACCGUCUGAGCCGGGGACCCCCCCGCCGCCGUCCUUGCCUCCUGGUCGCCUUCACCCUGCUCCAUUUGCUGUCACUGCUGCGUCUCCAGACCUGCUCGCUGGUUCCCUGCGCUGUGUGUGGACAAGUGGGAGUGGACAGAGCCUGUCACCCACCGCCACGGCUCACACCCUGCCCCGGCAGCUCCGGAUCGGGGUGAGCAUCACCCCCCGGGCGGGCUGGGGACAUGGGGACACCCCGCCCCGGGCAGCGAGGGGAGCGGUUGGACUCGCCGGGUGGUGCUGGCUCUGUUCGGAGGAUGGAGCUUUUGACAAAGAGAAGAAAAAAAAAGAGAAAAAAAAGAAUUCAAUUUUUGGUCUGUACCUGGUGGCAGCAGUGUCGGGGGUUC